AUGCCCCCUAAAGAAAAAUACACCGAUCCCGAAUUGCGCGAUGAAGUCAAAGAGGAAAUCCACAAUGGCGACAAGGGCGGAAAGCCCGGUCAAUGGUCUGCUAGAAAGGCUCAAAUGAUGGCAUCGGAGUACAAAAAGCGUGGUGGGGAGUAUAAUACCACGAAGGAAGAAGGGCAGUCGGAGUCUCAGAAACAUCUUGAUGAUUGGACCAAAGAGGAGUGGCAGACUAAGGAGGGUGAAGGCACGGCUCGUCAGGAUGAUGAUUCUCGGAAGAGAUAUCUGCCUAAGAAGGCUUGGGAGGAAUUGAGUGAAGGGGAGAAAGAGGAGACGGAUGAAAAGAAGGUGGAGGAAUCAAAGGAGGGGAAGCAAUUUGUUGGGAAUACUGGGGAGGCGAAAGAGGCGAGAAGAAGAGCAAGUGUUGGCUCUGGAGAUGAGGGACAGAAGGGUGAGGAUGAUGAGGACGCAAAGGGGAAGGGAGAGGAGAAGGAGGAAGAGCAACAAAAGGAUGACGACGAAGAUGAUGAGGGAAACAAGGAUGAUGAUCAGACCGAUGAAUCAAACAAACAGAAGAAGGAAACGCCGGAGAAAGACGAUGGAGACUCCGGUGAACAAAAGCAGUCCGAAGGCAAAGGUGCAGGGGACAAGCGAACUGCCAAGCAAGACACCAGCCCGAACAAAAAGCAAAAGGAUACCGCUAGGAUGAAGAGUCUACGAAAGAGAGAAUAG